AUGAGGCUAACAGUGCCAAACGUACGGGUAUUCAGGACGACAAUCUCCGGCUUUCUUAGUGGUCCUGGUAUCUCUUCGGCAGUCGCUGCAGAAGUGAAUGCUCCUUCCGAUGCUGAAAAGGGUCGGCAAGAGGGGCAAUCUUCGACACCGUCAGCCUUGAACCUAGACACUGUUAUUGAAGUUUAUCGCUUUGGGCACACCAAGUGCCACUACAAGCGCAACACCAUUGUGUGUUCAUCUUUAUUAGGUGGACUACUCAGUGAAUUCAAAAAGGCUUGCCGUGAAAUGUACGGGCUAGAGCAAGAUGCUAGGCGUGCUAACAUCGGGAGUUUUGACAUGGAUAUCGGCAUCUGCGGACGUGCGAUUGAUGGGGGCUUGCCAACGUUCACAGCAAAGACGGAAGUCGAGUGGCAGAAUGUUGUUGCCAGGCUUACAAGUCAAUUGCACCAGUAUCUGCUGUUAAGUGAGUAAUACGAUUGGUCAUUGCUGUGUUCUAUGUGGUAGUAGUGUCAGUGGAAGUUUUAGUAGUAGCCGGAAGAGAAGUAUCAGUAGUAUUAGCCAUCUCUUGGCUUUGAUGGCUGUCUGAAUAUUUUCUCUUAGAAGACGAGCUUUUAUGACUUUUUUCCUUUUUAUAGUUCGGCUAGUUGAGGUUCAGUACAAGGCUGCACCAGGUGUCCUCCAUUCUUUGAAGAAAGUUAAAAAGCCGAAAAAACGACCCGAAGGAAGAAAUGAAAAGGCAGUGCAAGAAGAGCGGCUGUUAAGCGCUCUUAGAAGCCACAUUACUUCUAAAGCAACCGAUUUUGACUUCGAAAGGACUGAGGAACAGAAGGAGCGCUUCAAAAGUUUUAAAGAAGGUUUUUAUUUUGAAUUAUUGUUUACUUUUAACCUUUAAUUUUCGUAUUCUCGGUCUUGAUCCCUCCACCUUAGCCUUCCAAUCAAAGUAAGACACAUACCAGAUGGAUAAAAUUCCGGAUUAAGUAUGUUUCAGAAAUUUCAAUAUAAGUAAGCUUGAUACAAAUGUGCUGUCUGCGUCAUUCAAAGGUAGAGAUACUGUAUAUGCUGUGGUUAAAUUUUAUCCUUGGUUUAAAUUUUCUUUUCUUUUCUUUCAAUCUCAUUGUCAUGCAUUAACAUAUCCACAAACGAAGGAAAAUAGAAUUUAAACCAAGGAAUAAAUUGGACCACAACAUAUAUACCAACUGUAGUCAAUGUACAAGCCAUGUCCUGUUGAUAAACAUUAACAUACGUUAUUACUUCCCACAGACGUCGCGUCACGGUUCCCGGGGUCCGAAGCUGUAAGUGAGCUUCAAAUUCGAUGCGGGAAAUGCCGUAGGGUGAGGAUGGUGAAUCGCCCGCGCUAUUCGAAACAUUUUGGUGAUAGUAAGUACUACAAUUUAUGUUUUUCACUUUUUGUGGGUCCAUCGGUGACAUAGGUCCACACGUUCUUUAUGCAGGAGUUACUCUCUACCCACAGUAAAGUCUGUAGAAGGAACGACCACUGAAACUGACAGAACACUUUACAUAGAUUAUUGACUCGAGUUUUGUAACUUUUUUUGAAGAGUAUUGGAAGAAAUUAACACCGGCUUAUAAAUGUAAACAUUUCUCGCAAAUAAGUUGAACCAAAGUCACAGAUUGCUUUUUAUAUUUCUUAUGAACCCUGUAAGUGUUAUAUGGAGUCUUGUAUAGUAUGCAUAUGCUUCGCACAUACACAUAAUAAAAUGUCACAUAUAAAUGUCGUUUAGGCCACUGGAAAAACUGUCAACCAGCCGUAAGAAGUGGUAACAUUUCAACCAUAUUUGCGUCCAUCUUGUCUAACCAGCAAGCGGCAUCUUCGGAAGCAAAUGACGAGCUUAAUGAUCUUAAUAUGUAAGUGAAGCCAAUGCUUCAUUGUCUUCAUGGCCGGCCAGCUAUUGAGCAAUCGUACAGAAAUAAGGAAUAUUGAUCAAUAUUGUUCUUCGAAGAGAGGCGAUAAUUGACUACUAAUGCUAUUUUCGUAUUGUUUAGGCUGAUUACUUAUUGACAAGUAGUCUCCUUUUUUUAUUUGUUUAAUUUAGCUUCCAAUAUGUUUGCUGUCAAAAAUUUGAGGUUGAGUUAGAAGGUUAUAACUAUAACGAAAAAUGAAAGUCAGCUUUGUAAAUAAUCGAGGAAACUGAUAUAAUAAAAAUGAAAAGUAAUAAACAAGCCAGUGUUGAGAUGUCUAUUUUCGUUGUUCAUAUUAUACAGGAGUGAAGUAGAGUGGGAAAACACACAAGAAACUAGCGACAGCGAAGAUAGUGAGGGCAGCGAGUACACGUUUCCAUGUCUGUAAGUUUUUGGCACUGUCUGGUUUAAAAUCUCCUGACUUCCUUUACUUCUGUUUACGGUGUGCAUCCCUAAAACGUACAUUUAAGGUGUUUUACGUCAUUUGUAGUGCAGAAACCCUUCACAGUUCAUGUUUUUACGCGAGUAGGCGAUGGAAGGGAGUUUACGUCGGCAAUAGAUGGUCAUAGAGCGGCCGCUCACUAUAUUUACAGCUAAAACAACAUGAUGUGAUAUAAACUCAACAUAUUAACGUCUGUACUGGAUAAGCAUAUUUCGGCAAUGCACGGGAAUGACAGGACACAGAACAGUCAUGAAUACGACAUUUUGCUUUUAGGGCUUUGGAAGAGCUUGAUCCUGUAGUCAUCAUGCUGCAACAGGAAAUAGAGUCAAAGAAACUCGAACGGAACCAUAUAUUCUACAGAUGUUUGAAGAAUGCUCUUGAAUUCGCACAGAAGUCAUCAAAUCCUCGUGAACAGUUUCAACAUGAUGGGACAAUUAAGACAUACAUGGAAACUCUGGAAUUUCACGGGAAACCAAAAACCAUGAAUUUAUUAAGGGGACCAGGGGACAGAAACCAAGGGCAUGGUGGGACAUUCCAGUUCAACUGGAAGGAUUGGAACUUGCCCUUUAUACCUUCAAAGACCACAAGGGAUAAGAACAAGGCAGGCUACACCACCCGCAAUGGAAUCAUUAAAAGCCUUCUGAUUGCCUACCUCCUUCUUGCCCAACUUGAAGAUAGUGAGGUACAACCCCUUUUCCAGAGUUCCAGUCUGCUCCUGAUACCUGCAGCGCUAGCUACUGAUGGUAUGAGCCUCAAACCUGGUUUGCAAUUUGAUCGGCGAUUGAAAGAACUUGUUGGACUACUGUUUCCUGUAACUUUAGCCUUUGCUAAAGAAAAUCCUUUGCCCGAUCCAAGUUUUCUUCGUGAUUCUUUUGUCGUCGAGGCGAAUACUUUAGUUGUGACAGCACUUGACAAUAAGCUUUCUUUACCUGUUGGGAAUGACUACACCUCCAAGAAAACCAAUGGGGACGCGGUAAAGAAACGAAUAGAAACGCGUGUGAAACAGCUCCAAAUCUGCUUGCACUGCCUCCUGGGAGUUUCAACCGAAACUUGCAUGAAUGUCAUUGUUUCAUCAGGAGACGCUUGCAGUAGCUACUGUCAAGGUAGGAAAUAG